AUAGUCUCCCGCCAUAAGAAUCCACCGCAUAAAAGCAACCAAAAUUCUAUUCACACAACAGGCUUCGAAGUUUGAACAAUGGGCAAAGAAGAAAGGAAGUACUGGCUUCUGAAGACGGAGCCGGGAGAGUGGUCGUGGGAUGACCAAGCAGCCAACGGGGGCGUGACCGAGUGGGACGGUGUCAAGAACAAACAAGCCCAGAAAUACCUCAAGUCCAUGAAGCUCACCGACCUGUGCUUCUUCUACCACUCCGGCGCCAAGUCACGCCGCGUCAUCGGAGUGGUGACCGUUGUGAAGGAGUGGUAUGGCGAUGGUGACGGUAAUGGUGGUGCUGUGGAUGUGAAAGCAGUGGGGGAGAUGAGGAGGCAGGUGGACUUGAAGGAGAUGAAGGGGGAUAGUGGGUUAAAGGGUUUUGCUCUGUUUAGGCAGCCGAGGCUAUCGGUUGUGCCAGUUUCGGAGGACGUGUGGGAAAGGGUUUGUGAUUUGGGAGGUGGGUAUGAAGGGGAUGGUAAAGAUGAUAGUAUUCAAGACCAUGAUGAGGGAGGGGGAGAUUAGGCCCAGAAAUAGUUGCUUGAAGGGUGUUUGUAAAUUUUCCCCAGUAUGCUAAGUUCCUUCUUUUUUGUAACAAAAGUAGUUAUUAGUAUAUAUCUAACUUGUUUUGCUUGAUACUCUUUUCAGUUUGUGGUUUGUAAGUGGAAAGAGAAAAUGAUAUUGGGGGAUAUAGCAAGUAAGUUUUGAAAGUCCAGAAAGUA